AUGGCUUCUAAAUGCAUAAGUGAAUGUUUAAACAUCGAAGACAAUGCCAUUUGGGUCCGGCCGGGUACAACUUUCGCCAAAAUUCACAAGUGGCCAGCGGCAGAGGCGGAGUUCAUACAAUCAAUCAGCCACGGGGGAAGCCAGCGUCGUACCACAGCGGUGGAAAGCAUAUCUUGUAGGCAAGUGUACCUUAGGAGCUAUACGUUUUCAAGAAAAGAGGAACAACAUGAAGACGGUGAUAAUCUUCGAAGAUGUUUUGGAGGAGGAGGAGGAGGGUGGAAGAAGGUCGCGAAGAAAUGUACGAGGAGGAGUAAGAUCAGGUCGCGUAGGUCGUUUGUGGUCAGAUUCUUAAGGAAAUAUUUGCUUUGUAGUUCCCCUAAUAAAUAA